AAUGAAAUAAAAAUAUUAUUGUUUUGAAUAAUGUUCAAUUAUUUGAGUAUUUUCAAAGGCAUCAUUUAAUUAAAAACGGCUUUUAAGUAAUUAUGUGAGUGAAAUAACCAUUUGGCAAUCAUUAAGUUUCUUACUAUUCUUUCGUUCAUCGAAAGUCGUCCGUUUGUAGUGAUAACAUUAACACAAAUGACAAUGGGUCUUUAAGAAAUUGUGUCCUUUUCAAAAUUUUUAUUCACUGCCAGACAGAAUUCAUCUCGUUAAAAAUGACAGAAUUUAUGAAUUUUAUUUUCAACGUGUUUAGAAACGUAAUCCGCAUCUUUCCUUUUUCCUUUUCAAACCUCCCGUUGAAAAAUACUCUGAAUAUUUUCAUCAGAUGCAAUACCGGAAAUACGUUGGCCGUUGAUUUGGAUCCAAAAUGUGACAUCAAGGAUGUAAAGAACAUCAUCGCUCCAAAAAUAGGUGCAAGCCCCGAAGAACUAAAAAUCAUUUUCGCCGGAAAGGAAUUGGAAGAUUCUAUAGUAAUUGAAGAUUGUGACUUGGGUCAGCAAAGUAUACUACAUGCUGUACGUUUAAAAUCCAGACCAGAUUUCCAUUCGCUGAAAACUCAACAUGAAACCAUUAUUGAUGAGGUACUCACGGACGAUGAAGAACUUCCAGCUUUGAUAAAUAAUAAAAAGGAUAAAACUAAAGCUCAGUUUUACGUUUAUUGCAAUACGUGCUGUGAUCUAAAAACUGGCAAACUGAGAGUGCGUUGUUCAAAUUGUAAAAGUGGUGCGAUAACUUUGGACAGUGAUCCUAAAUCGUGGGAAGACGUUUUAAAACCCCGUAAAAUUUCUGGUCAUUGCGAACAAGAUGACUGUGUUGAUGGUGUUUUUAGAUGGGCCGAAUUUUAUUUCAAAUGCGCAGAACAUGCAAGUUUAGGAGAGAAUGAUUUUAGUGUUCCUUUAAAACAGAUUAAGAAUAAUUGUAGAACAAUUCCAUGUUUAGCUUGUACCGAAAUUAGGGAUACGGUGUUUGUGUUUUCAUGCGAAGAUGCUCAUGUUACCUGUGUUGAAUGUUUUCGGACCUUUGUUGUGCUAAGGUUACGAGAAAGACAAUUCGUAUUACACGAUGAUUUGGGUUACACGCUGUCUUGCCCUGCUGGCUGUCCUGAUUCUUAUAUCGAUGAAAGUCAUCAUUUCAGAUUACUUUCAAAAGAGCAGUAUGAGAUGUAUCAGAGAUUUGCUACUGAAGAAGCUGUGCUAAAAUUUGGUGGAGUAUUAUGUCCUCAGCCUGGAUGCGGAGAAGGAAUUAUUAUCGAUUCGGAUUGUAAUAAAAUUAUUUGUGAAAAUGGUUGUGGUUACGUAUUCUGUCGAAAUUGUCUGCGAGGAUAUCACAUUGGCGAAUGCGAUUCAUUUGAUAAUCCCGUCUCGAGCGAUGUUCAACAUAUUACUGAUGCUACCAGAGCUUCCCAGGCUCGAUGGGAUGAAGCUUCUAAUAUUGCCAUUCGUGUCAGUACUAAACCUUGUCCAAAAUGUAGAACAGCGACAGAACGCAGCGGCGGUUGUAUGCACAUGAUUUGUACACGAUGUUCGUUUCACUGGUGCUGGAUAUGUCAGACUGAAUGGAGCAGAGAGUGCAUGGGUACUCAUUGGUUCGGAUAAAAGUACAAAUUUUGGGAUCAUGUCAUGCUUUCUAAAUUUUAAGGAAUUUCUUAUGCAAAAACUUGAAUGUUUUGAUAAAUGUUGCGGAAAAAAAUGAUUGUAGCGUGAAUAUAUUCGAAACAUUUUUUUUCUUUUCUGCAAUACAGGAGUGAAAUUAUUUUAACAAUUUUCAGGUACUUAUCAUAUUUAUUGAUAUUGAACCGUUUUUUAAUUUAUUUAAAAAACAAUUAGUUUAAUUAUUAGUUAAUUAAUUUGCAACUUUCAUUCGGGUAUAUUAUUUAAUUACCUAUCUAUUGUUAUUUCUUUUUCAUCUUGUGUUUUUUCUUUUGUACUGAUUUGCUUACUCUAUAACGUUUUCAUUCGAUUUUUUUCUAAUACGUACAUCACAUGUAGACGUUUCAGAAAAACGGGAGAAACAAAAGACUUUUUAAAUGCUUCCCUCUCAGUGUUCUUUUAUUUGAUGUUACAUACAUGCAUAUUCUUCAUUUCCUAUGUUGUUUUUAAUAGUACCAUUUUAUUCGAAUCAUAAAAUAAUGUCUUCUCCAGAGUCUUCAUAUGCAUUGAAGUGAUAUUCUUCUAAUGUUAUCGAAAUCUAAACUAUUUUUCUAAAUCAAAAGUAACCACUGUUUUUUCUGUAUUUAAUUAAUACUAAGUAGUAUGUGAGCAUUAUAAAAAACGGGAAAUUAAUAAAACACCAGUAUGCGCUCAUUUCA